AGUGCUGGCUUUGGACUAUGGGCACCUGGAGGGCCCCACUCCCGGCCCAGCCGGGCUGAGCCUUCCAUCUUCUGCCUGCUGGAGCCUGGGCACCCCCUCCUUCCUUCUCUUGGAUGGCAUCCCUGCCCGAAUAUCUGGACACUUAGGUUCCAUGUUGUGGCUGGCUCAAGGAGUGGGCUGGUGACUGCCCUGACUGAGCAUGGCCCUCCCAGCCUUGAGCCUGGACCUCUGGAGCCUCCUGGGCCUUUUCCUCUUCCAGCUACUGCUGCUGCUGCUGCCACCAACAACCACAGAGGGUAGUGGGCAGGGGCCCAUGCCCAGGGUCAGAUACUAUGCAGGGGACGGACGCAGGGUACUUAGCCUCUUCCAGCAGAAGGACCUCCAGGAUUUUGACAUUCUGCUCCUGAGUGAUGAUGGAAAUACUCUUUAUGUGGGGGCUCGAGAGGCCAUUCUGGCCUUGAAUAUCCAAGAUCCAGGGGUCCCAAGGCUUCACAACAGGAUACCCUGGCCAGCCAGUGAAAAGAAAAAGACUGAAUGUGCCUUUAAGAGGAAGAGCAAUGAGACACAGUGUUUCAACUUCAUCCGUGUCCUGGUCUCUUUCAAUGCCACCCAUCUCUAUGCCUGCGGCACCUUCGCCUUCAGCCCUGCGUGUACCUUCAUUGAACUCAAAGAUUCCAACCUGAUGCCCAUCUUGGAGGAUAGUGUCAUAGAGGGGAAAGGCCAAAGCCCCUUUAACCCAGUCCACAAGCACACAGCUGUCUUGGUGGAUGGGAAGCUGUAUUCUGGCACCAUGAACAACUUCCUGGGCAGUGAGCCCAUCCUGAUACGCACACUGGGCCAUCCCGUCCUCAAGACCGACAACUUCCUCAGUUGGCUGGAGCCGGAUGCCUCCUUCGUGGCAGCCAUUCCUUCGACCCAGUUCGUCUACUUCUUCUUCGAGGAGACAGCCAGUGAAUAUGACUUCUUCGAGAAGCUCCACACGUCCCGCGUGGCCCGAGUCUGCAAGAACGAUGUGGGUGGUGAGAAGCUGUUGCAGAAGAAGUGGACCACCUUCCUGAAAGCCCAGCUGCUCUGCGCCCAGCCUGGGCAGCUGCCGUUCAAUAUCAUCCGCCACGCAGUCCUGGGGCCUGCCAAUUCCUCCACAGUUUCCAUCUACGCAGUCUUCACCUCCCAGUGGCAGAUUGGUGGAACCAAGAGCUCUGCUAUCUGUGCCUUUUCUCUCACGGAUAUUGAGCGUGUCUUUGAAGGGAAAUACAAGGAGCUGAACAAAGAAACUUCACGCUGGAUCACUUACAUGGGCUUUGAGACCAACCCCCGGCCAGGCAGCUGCUCGGUGGGCCCCUCCUCCGAUAAAGCUUUGACCUUCAUGAAGGAUCAUUUCCUGAUGGAUGAGCAGGUGGUGGGGAAACCCCUGCUGGUGAAGUCUGGUGUGGAGUACACACAGCUUGCGGUGGAGACAGCCCACGACCUUGAAGGGCAUAGCCAUCUGGUCAUGUACCUGGGCACCGCAACGGGGUCCCUCCACAAGGCGGUGGUUAGCAAGGACAGCAGUGCUCAUCUGGUGGAGGAGAUCCAGCUGUUCCCUACCCCUGAACCUGUUCGGAACCUGCAGCUGGCUCCCACCCAGGGCUCAGUGUUUGCAGGCUUCUCAGGUGGCAUCCAGAGGGUGCCCCGAGCCAACUGUAGCAUCUAUGAGAGCUGUGUGGACUGUGUCCUUGCCCAGGACCCCCAUUGUGCCUGGGACCCUGAAUCACAAACUUGCCGCCUAUUGUCCAGCCCUGUCCUGAGCUCCUGGAAGCAGGACAUAGAACAAGGGAACCCUAAGUGGGCAUGUGCCACUGGCCCCAUAGGCAGGAGCCACCAGCCUCAGAGCCGCCCCCAAAUCAUUAAAGAAGUCUUGGCUGUCCCCAACUCCAUCCUGGAGCUCCCCUGCCCCCACCUCUCAGCCCUGGCUUCCUACCAUUGGAGUCAUGGGACAGCACCAGUCCCAGAAGCCUCUUCCACUGUCUACAAUGGCUCUCUCUUGCUGCUACUGCGGGAUGGGGUGGGGGGCCUCUACCAGUGCUGGGCCACUGAGCACGGUUUCUCAUACCCCGUGGUCUCCUACUGGGUGGACAGCCAGGACCAGCCCCUGGCACUGGACCCUGAGCUCGCGGGCAUUCCCCGGGAGCGCGUGGAAGCCCCGUUGACCAGGGUUGGUGGCGGGGCUGCCCUGGCUGCCCAGCGGUCCUACUGGCCCCACUUCCUCACAGUCACUGUGCUCCUCGCCUUAGUGCUUUCAGGAGCCCUCAUCUUCCUCCUUGCCUCCCCACUGGGGGCACUCCGAGCCCGGGGAAAGGUCCAGGGCUGUGGGACUCUGCCUCCCGGGGAGAAGGCCCCACUAAGCAGGGAGCAGCCCCUCAAACCCCCCAAGGAACACAGGACCUCUGCCAGUGAUGUGGAUGCUGACAACCACCACCUGGGCACUGAGGUGGUAUAA